AUGAGGUUAGUUUGACUUUAUUUUGCCAUCAUUCAGGCAACUAAAUUAAAGUGAUUUCGUUUAUUAAUUUCUAUUUUUUCAGCAACUUGCGCCUGCAAAAACGUUUGGCUUCGGCCGUAUUGAAAUGCGGAAAGCACCGUGUUUGGCUUGACCCCAACGAGGUCAGCGAAAUCUCGGGAGCCAACUCUCGUCAAAGCAUCCGUCGUUUGGUCAACGAUGGUUUGAUCAUCCGCAAACCAGUCACAGUCCACUCACGAUUCCGUGCUCGUCAAUACGAAGAAGCCCGCAGAAAGGUAAGAUUUUUCGAGUUUUUUGUCUUUGAAUAGACAGUUUGAUGUAUAUAUUUUUGAAAUAAGUUAAACAUUGCAUUCAAAAAUCAUUUCAAUUAUUAUGUUUGUAAUUUUCAGGGACGUCACACCGGUUACGGUAAACGUCGCGGUACUGCCAACGCCCGUAUGUCCGAAAAGACCCUCUGGAUCCGCAGAAUGCGUGUUCUCAGAAAUCUUUUGAGAAGAUAUCGUGAUGCCAAGAAAUUGGACAAGCACUUGUACCACGAUUUGUACCUUCGUUCCAAGGGUAACAACUUCAAGAACAAGAAGAACUUGAUCGAAUACAUCUUCAAGAAGAAGACUGAGAACAAGAGAGCUAAGCAACUCGCGUAAGUAUUUCGUCGUUUUUUUAGUUAGAGAAAAAUUGUUGAUCUGGUUUUCCAAUUUCCAUGGAAACGUAGAUUCCUUUUUCUUCUUCAUCUACCUUCAAAAAUCAAUACCUCAUUCAAAUUAUUCAUAUUUUCAGUGACCAAGCUCAAGCCAGACGUGACAAGAACAAGGAAAGCCGCAAACGCAGAGAAGACAGACAAGUUGUUAAACGCGCAGAACUUUUGCGUAAAAUUUCACAGAGCGAGAAGACCAUCGCCGGAAAGUAA